CGUCAUCCCAACUCUUACCUUCGACAUAUCAAAGGCAGGCAUGCGCGUGUCGCUUCUCGGAGCCCUGACUAUCUGUCAUCAUCAGUCAAGCUAGAUCUCGCCUGAGAUUUUGCCACGAGACACCAAGCGGUUCUCCCAGCUGCCCUUGACUUGGGACCUUCUUACAGUAGCCGCUGCCUACAAGCCUGGACUUCGACUUGCCGUGUGCGAUCUCUUUCCUGUUCAACUAAUACCUAGGCUUUUCAGUCGCCUGUAUCAUUCCCCUUUCCCGAUGCUUUUACCCUUGUCCUUGGUUUUGUCUAUGUAGUUUGCAUAAGCCGGCACGAUGGUGAGGGUCAAACAGAAGGCGCGAAAAGUUGGCUCCGCAGGAGGGACGUCGACUCGAGGCGCUCACGUUGCAAAAGAAAGAAACAAACACAAAGUGGUCGUUCAAGGCACCUCGAAAGAGCAGAAGCAAUUACGGAGUGUGGUCACCUUUCGUGCGGACCCUCCCCAAGGAUACACAUUCAUUCCCGCUGGGAAUCCGGAGCUCACGGCUGCUCUGAAGGAAUUUGCCCGUCGUGGAGACCACAAAAUCUUUGCCGUGACUACAACACCUCAUGCUGCCCGGCAUGAACUCUCCAGGGAAGUACAUCGUAUUGGCUUUCAUUUCCCCACCAGCGUCGUCGCCCAAGUUUGUGCACAUUAUGGUAUUCGCCUUACCACGGGAGGAAAGGUCAUCGAUGAUUCCAAAGAUGACAAGCUCUUUGAGAAGGUUUAUCAAAAUGGUCAACGCCCUAAAGACGAUCCAAAAGAUCAAGUCACCAUCAAUACAGAAGCCAAACAAACCAUCAAGGACUUAUUUCCCAAGAUUCCGGAUAACGACCUGUUUCAGAUCAUCAAGACAGCCUUUCAACUGGGUGACAACAAGGUUGGUACUGCGGACGAAAUUCCUCUCGUCCGCAGAGCCCAGCUGUCUGUUGUCGCUCACAUCCGACAUGUGUACACGGACUAUGACAAACUGCUAAGGAGAUGCCCAUACAAUGAGGCUCGGCAUGCUGUGGAGCAAGAUACCCUCGCCAAGUUGAUUGAAUGGCGCGGCGACAACGAAGCUGUGGACGAAGCCACACAGCGGGCAGCUGACGAUCUCCUCAGAGAGGUUAUCGUGAUCUCUGACGAGGACGACAACGAGACUGACACCGACGAUGUCCAAAUCGUCCAAGACAACGUCAGAGUUGAGGAGCUUCCAAGUACUGCCUAUGGUGCAGGCCCAGGCAGACCCGCUUCUCCUCGACAUGAUAAAUAUGGUCAAGCAGCAGGUCACUAUUAUCAGGACCUGCCACGGGUCGUCCCGCGGUACAAGCCCAAGGAUGAUGCGAUUGCUCAACGCGAUCGCAGUCGAUACGCUGUGUGGGAUCAAGCUAGACGUGACUAUCGUGCUGGUGUGAUGCGACAGCCAGUCGCCGUGCUGGAAAGAAGAUACGAGCCGGAAGAUCCCCCUUCGACUCGCGUUCUUGUCCCGCUUGAUCCUCCUGCUGCUACACCUACGCAGGUCGUUUAUUCCCGGGCGCCCCCUGCUACGAUGAGCAGUUUCGAUUACGAGCCUCGUUACGCUCGCCAACAAAGUCCACGAACGUAUAUAAGAGGUGCUGACGGCACGCUAUAUGAACGAUUCGAUCCGCGACCGCGGGAAACCUACGAAGCACACCGUCCGAUUGAUUGCGCUCCACGAGCCAUACCUGCCAUAGAACAUCGGAUAAGAACUCGGCCACCGUCCCCUAAUGGACCGAACUAUUCAAUCCGUCGCAAAGAUGACGAAUUCGACGGUGGUGAUGGUACUAUCCUUCCAUCAAUCGAAGGCCAUGAUGGAGCACACCUGUCGCACUCCGUACGACAAAAUCCUUUCGAGAGACAUCCUGCACUUCGUGACACUAACCUAGCUCGAGAGAACGGUGUCAACUACAGGGAGCCCCCUGUUUUUGAGCUUGCAGAUGGUGGCCCUCAAUUCGCGAAGCGACGGCGGUUGGAGGAGCCACCAGCACUGCCCGAGCAUCGAUCUGUGAGGAGAGAAUCACCUAUCAGGUAUCAAGAGCGUGUAUAUGUGCCACACCCAGACCGUGUUUAUGCCACUACUCGCCCCAUUGAUUAUGGUGAGCCGCGUGCGAGUCCUAUAUUGCGACCAGCCGUAUCUGCUACAGAGGCCAGAAGAUAUGUGCAGCACCUUCCCGAUGUCAAUGGUGCGUCGCAUCCAGGCACGCCCUUGCAUCGAGGUCUAGAUGCACCGUAUGACCUCCAGGAGCCCGCAAGGAUGCAGCCACGCCUUCCUCUACAUGUUCAAGGUUCCAACCGCUUUUCAGAAGUUCAGAUGAGUAUGCAUCGACGAGACAUCGAAAACUAUUCUUCGACUGUUAUGAGUCGCGUUUAUGAACCUCUUGACGACCGUCGGAUCCAAGAUGGUCGAGUCGUUAUGGAUCGCAACAUGGCUGCCCUUGAACCACAUGUGCAAUCAUCUCAACGUGUGUAUGAAUAUGAUGACAGAGCGGCAGGCAAUGCUCGUUCAUAUGUUCAUGUCGCUCGAUGAUUUCAGCUCAGAUUAUUGUUUUCGGCAAUUCAACUGUUACAUACUUGGGGUGGACUUUUUCAAAUCUCAAACGUCACACGGUACCUAGGGACCGGCUCCUCACGAGUUUGAGGUUCGAGGAGACCAUUCUCCUCCUUUCCACGACACUUUGAAUCAACGACCCUGGAAACCCGGCCGACCUAUCUAUGUCAAAGGCUCGCGCAAUGAUGGGUGCGUUCUCGUCCUUCCCUGAUCAGCAUGAGUAAGAGCGGCAUACCGCUUGCAUUGCAAUGGAGUUCCAACACAAUAUGACACUUCGUGAGUGUCUUCGGGCGGCAGCCGGUGCAUUUCCGAUGUCCUGGCAUUUGUUUAAUGAUACCCAGUCCACGAAGGAUGAUGUAUGGCAUGAGAGUACUUGUGCAAUAGUGGCAGCGGUUUUGCUACUUGACUGUGAGAGAUGAGAGGAUUGGAUUCCCGCUUGGUGGUCAAUGUCACCGAAAGCUGUACAGAUUUUGGUUGCAGAGAAAUAGGUGACCGCAGAGUGCAGACAGUAGAAUGAAUACAAAGUCUGUUGACAUUGAA